AUGCAACAAAACAUUAACGGAAAUACUCCUUUACAUAUAGCAGCAAGGUCAGGGUCAACAGACAUAGUUUCACUAUUUAUUGAUCAAGCUGGAAAUUCUCAAGUGAUCGGGGAAGAUGAAGACUAUGACGAUAUUGAUGUCGAAAAAGGGAUAUUGCCAGCUGAACAAAAAGCAACGUGUAAAAGCAGUGUGGAGCAACUUGUGAGGAUUGCAAAUAAAUCAAAGAAUACAGCGCUUCACGAGGCGCUGCUAUGUCAAACAGACUCUAGGAUAUCAAAGAUAUUAAGAAGUGCAGACCCAGGUUUUGAAUAUUUCGCCAACGAUUCCGGUGAGACUCCACUUUACCUUGCUGUCAAGUUCGGGACUCCUGAUCUUGUGGACUAUAUGCUCAAGAUUUGUCCAUCCCAAAGCUAUGGUGCCCCCGGUGGAAGGACGACGUUGCAUGCACUAGCACUGCGAGAUUCCGACUCCUUUAAAGAGGAAUAUUCAAGAUUGGUCUAUCUAUUGAGACAUAUAGUAAAAGAAGUUGACAAAAAUGGGCGUACUGCACUUCAUUACGCAGUGCUGUACGAUAACAAUGAGUUCCUUGAUGCGGUAAUGGAAGUCAAUCCAUCUGUUUGUUAUAUUUCUGAUAAAGAUGGUAUGACAGCUCUCCACCACGCAGCAGCAAAUGGUGAUUAUGGGAGUAUAAAUGCAAUGAAAAAGAUGAUUCAACACUGCCUGGAUUGCUGGGAAGUGCUAGACAAUAAAGGAAGAAAUUUUCUUCAUGUUGCUGCUCAGUAUAAUAAUUCCAAUGUACUCAAAUACGUUCUAAACGAGAUUAGCUCAGAUACGGUGGUGGAGACAAUUAUAAGAAUGAAAGAUAAAAACGGAAAAGAACCUUGUCAAAUGCACCCCAACUUCUCUUACAUCCUCUCACGUAACACCAGUGUAAUGCAGACUACCAGGGACGCGGAUGAAAUUGUGAAGUUUGAGGAAGCUCUUAUCCGCGAAGAGAGAGAAGCUAAGGAAGUAAAAUUUAGAAAUUCAGCUGAGUUUAAGGAAACAGAAAAAACUAGGAGAGAACAGAUGGAGUAUUAUAACCAAACCCUUUUGGUGGUGUCAGCACUCAUAGCAACUGUUGCAUUUGCAGCGAAUUUUACAUUACCUGGAGGUUACAACAACGACCGACCAGACGAAGGCAUGGCCUUACUAGUUAGUAAACCGUCUUUUAUCGUGUUUAUAGUUUCUAACAGUUUGGCCAUGGUUCUCUCUGCUUUGGCUAUUUUGAUCCAAUUUGUGGGCAAAAUGGUAUCAUUUUCAAAUUUUUCAUCAAUUCAAACUGACUUCAAGAACGAAAGGCUACUCAUGACGACAAUUAUAUGCAAUCUGCUCUCUAUCUUUGCAAUGAUGGUGGCAUUCGUGGCAGGAACCUAUACAGUGUUAGGCCACGUACCUGGACUUGCAAUUCCUGUUUGUAUUCUUGGUUGUAUCUUCUUUGUUUUGUCUUUCUUUGUGAUCUACGUGAUAGUGAAAUGGUUGAAUGAUAGCAAGGAUGAUGUGGUAGACACCGAUCAAGAAUAA